CAUCGAGCUGGACACUGGCAACCGGCCCCGGGAGGCAUACAUGGAGUAUCUGAGGAGCAUCCACUACAUCUCCCAGGUGUUACUGGAAGAAGUUGAAAACACUAGAGUGGCCAUGAAGCUGCAUGGCUACCCUCAAAGGAGCUGCAGUUACAGGCAGGCCCCGUGAGGACAGCAGGCCCCUGACACGCAAGCACUAAAGAAGGGCAAGAAUCAGUCUGAUGCUGGGCUGCCAAGCACAGGCACAUGCAUGGUCCUGGGCCAUGAUGAUCAGAUGAAUGAAGGAAGCUGGGGAACCUGUGCCCUCCGACACCUCGAAGAUGCUGAAGCUGGCUGAGCAGUGUCUGGAGCGUGCCCAGUCAACAGCUGCCAAGCUCGGGAAAACACGUCUGAAGCCAGCUGUGCCUGUGGCUGCGCCAGUGCCCUUGCCUACCAGCCGACACCGCCGGGUGUGUUCAGACGAAGGAGGGAAGCUCUCUCCUUUCCUGCCUCCUGAGAUCUUUCAGAAGCUGCAGGUGGCAGAAUCUCAAAGCUCCAAGAAGGAGCUGACACCACUGGAGGAGGCCUCUCUGCAGAACCAGAAGCUGAAAGCCACAUAUGAAGCCCGGAUGGCCCGUCUGGACCCCAGCCAGGCCAUGCAGAAGACGUCACUGACCCUGUCUCUGCAACGGCAGAUGAUGGAGAACCUGGUGAUUGCCAAAGCCAGAGAGGAGACGCUCCAGCGGAAGAUGGAGGAGCGCCGCCUGCGGCUUCAAGAGGCUGCCAACAGGAGGUUCUACAGUCAGGUUGCCUUGACCCCAGAGGAGCGGGAACAGCGGGCCCUCUAUGCAGCCAUCCUGGAAUAUGAGCAAGACCAUGAAUGGCCAAAGCACUGGAGGGCCAAGCUGAAGAGGAGCCCAGGGGACCUGGCACUGGUGACCAACCUGGUUUCCCACUUACUCAGCCUUCCCGACCACCCGAUCCCGAAGCUCCUGAAGAAGCUCCAGUGUGAAGUAUAUGGCACCCUGUACCCCGUCGUGAGCCAUGCCGCUGCCAGCUCUGCGCCUGCCCCGGGCUGCUGCUCCCUGCCCCCAGACACCAAUGGGCUGCUGGCUCCAGGGAGCCGGCGACUGCGGUCCUCCCAGAGCCUCUACUGCAUGCUCUCCCCACCAGAGCCCAGCACAGUCCUGAGACCCCAGGAUGGACCCCCUGCCACGCCACCCACACCCCCACUCUACCCUGGCCCUCUGGACCGAGGAGCAGACAGCAGCCCAGCAGGGCCUUCCUCACCUCUAGUGGACGCCUCAUCCCGCCUGCCAGACAAGGACAGCUCCUUUGAAGACCUAGAACAGUUUUUGUCUAUAUCUGAGAGAUGGGGCAGGGGUUCUGGGGGACAGCCUGAGCCACAGACCCCAGGAGCAAAGAGGGAGCCCUUGCUGGAGUGUCUGAAGACCACAGUGAAGGACAUACACAAUGCCAUCGACAGGCUGCUCUCGCUGACCCUUCUGGCCUUUGAAAGCCUGAAUACAGCCACCUCCAAGGACCGUUGCCUGGCAUGCAUUGAGGAGCCCUUCUUCUCCCCACUGUGGCCCAUGCUACUGGCCCUCUACAGGAGUGUUCACCGAACCCGGGAGGCGGCCGUGAGCAAGAGCAUGGAGCUGUACAGGAGUGCACCCCCAGCGGCCCUUGGCGUCCCUACCAAGCUCCUCCCCCGGAGCCCUGAAGCUCAAGGGGCCUCCACCUACCCGUACUGUGCUGCUGCCCAGGAGCUAGGGCUACUGGUCCUGGAGAGUUGCCCUCAGAAGAAGCUAGAGUGUAUCGUGCGGACCCUGAGGGUCAUCUGCAUCUGUGCAGAAGACUACUGCCGUGCCCACGAGGCCAGGCCUGAGGCCGGACCCCAGCCCCCUGUUGCUGCCAUUGGUGCUGACGACCUGCUGCCCAUUCUGUCCUUUGUGGUGCUGAGGAGUGGCCUGCCCCAGCUGGUAUCGGAGUGUGCAGCCCUAGAGGAAUUCAUUCAUGAGGGGUACCUUAUUGGAGAGGAAGGGUACUGCCUGACCUCCCUGCAGAGUGCCCUGAGCUAUGUGGAGCUGCUACCCCGGGGGGCCCUGGGCAAGUAGUGGAGGCUGGAACCCAGGGACUGAAGGAGCCAUAGGACCUCCGCACUGCCCUGCACAUCUGGUCGGGGCAGCCUGCUGUGAUCAGACUCUAGCUCUUGCUCCCUUCAUAAUCCCAGACCUGCCCCAGAGGCAGUACCUUUUCUGCAACAGGACAAGGUCCAAUCAGCUCCAUGUGCCAGGCCUGUACUGUCCUGGCUGGCCUCUGAAAGGCCCCAGAGAGAGGAGCUGUGGCAAAGGGUACGGCUCAGCAGUGUGCAUGGCUAGCCCUGGCCUCCUGUCAUCGACACUGGACAGUGAAAGGGGCACGGGGAGACUGGCCAAGGCUGGCCUAUCAGUCUGGUUUUGCUCCCUUCCAGUCCCUCAAAACAGCCAACGUUCAUCUGAGCCAGUUUCUUGUCAGACUCCAGAACAAGAGCGCCAUCCCCCUCUCCAGAAGACCGAGCACAAGUGGUAUGAGGCUGUGCUGUUUAUUUAUUGGGCAGCAACUGCCCUGCUUGCUUUUGCCGGCCUAACUGUCCCUUCCCACCCAAGUCCACCUUAGUGGUGGACAGUGAACAUUUAGCACCCUUGAUCAAUUCCCACAGCUGUACAGCCUCUCCUGGUUGGGGAGAGCCCACGGUUCAGCACCUUGACUGUUACACGCCCCAAGGGGCCACCAACCCAGCCUAUAAUAAAGAGGUCACUCUA